GCUUAAUAGACACACAACACCAUUACUACUAUCUCUUCUAUCACUUAUUCUGUGCCUUCACUGCUAUGCAAACAAACCUAGCACAGAACAAAAAAUGGCAAUUGUGAACAACAUUUGUGUGAGUUGUGCAGCCACACCAAUGUCACCAGAGUCUUCAGGUUCUGCACCUUUGCCAGACCCAAAGCAAACCAAAAUUAUCCUUCCCAAGAAGAAGCCUAUGAAAUGGUCCACUGGGGUGGCGCCUGGGGAUUACGGUGGCCCACCCACCACCACCAAGCUCCGAAAGUAUUGGGGGGGCCAGGAUGAAGACCCUUUGGCCUCUGAUGACUUUAUGUGGAACAAAGACUUUGUGGGUCGCUUCAAAAAGUUGAUUCAGGAACCUCAACCACCCCUUCAACCCUCUCCUCCAAAGGAAGAGCCUUCGGGAUUUCUAAGUUUAAAUAGAGUCAUGAGCCUGGACAGUUUGGAAGUUGAUUUGAGCAAAGAACUCUCAGCUCCUGCAAAUAAUAAUGUACACCAGCAAAUUGAGGCAAAAACUGAUGUGACUGAAACUGCAAGCAAUAGGGUAAAAUGGAAAUUGGUACCAACACGCCGUGAACAAGAAAAAUGGGAUAGAGCUGCCAAGGCUGCUACUGGAGGCAGUGAUGUGAUGUUCCAAGAAAUAAGGCGGUCUCGUGAAGAUCCCAAAGUUUUAGCUGCUCAAUCUGAGGAGCAGUAUGCUAAGUUAAAGAGGAAGUUACAAUUCCUUACAUUGGGUAUAGGUGGCAUUGGUCUGGUUUCAGCUUAUGUUUCUUAUUCUCCUGAGAUUGCAGCUAGCUUUGGUGCUGGCUUGCUUGGUUCUUUGAUGUACAUUCGUAUGCUGGGAAGUAGUGUGGACUCGCUAAAAACUGAUGGUGCAAAGGGCCUCGUCAAGGGAGCAAUUGGGCAGCCAAGAUUACUUGUUCCUGUUGCUUUAGUGAUGAUUUAUAACCGUUGGAAUGCGAUUCUCGUUCCAGAAUUUGGAUCUAUGCACUUGGAAUUAAUUCCAAUGCUAGUGGGGUUUUUCACAUACAAAAUUGCAACUUUUGCUCAAGCUGUAGAGGAUGCUAUUACCGUAGCUGCAAAAAAGACCUAAAUUUCAGUGGGGGAAAAGUAUACCCUCAUUAGUUUUGGGUAUUCUUUCCCUCAUUGUCAACAUAUUAAUUGUAUUUAUGCUUACCGAUAUUAGAAUUAUUGAUUAUUGAUUUCCAGAUAUUUGACCUACUUCCCUUUAGAUUAUGGUAAAGCCCUCUGUCCCACAUUAAUCAAUUUUCUCAUAUUAAGGAUCUCAAUUAGAUCUCAAUUACACACAAAUUACUUGGGGCUCAAUUUAACUUCAUGAGUAAUCUUCACUCAUUUGUUGACGAGGCGAAGUCAAGUUUUGUUGUGUU